CUCAUCUCUCUCUCCUCUUGCGUUUCCUCCGCCAAUCACCUUUCUUACUGCAACCAUCGCCGCCACGGCGCCACCUACAAACGUCACCCAAGGGAAGAAAUGGAAGAGCAAUCGGUGGCAGUGUUCGGACGGAAGCUGGCGCUAUGGCACACCAAGACGUUCCGACCUAUCAUGACUCACGAGGAGCUGGAGCCCAUCAUGGCUACCCUCGGUUUCGUCGCCCACGCUCCCUCGACUCCUCCUUCCGCCACCGCUGCCGGCGCCGCUAGCACGGCGGGGCGUCUUGAGUGGACGGAGUACAGCUUCCGGGGGAAGAAGAGGCAGCCGGGGACGGUGGCCAACUUCUCUCCGGCCGUGAGGCCGAGAGUCCGCCUUCCGUCCCUGAGGUUGGACGGCCUCCACGUCUUCACGUACCGCGCCUUCUGCGAGGCCGUCGCCUUCCACCUUGGUGCUGUUGACAUCGCCGACAUCUUCCACGUAAGAGGAAUGCCUCUUCAUCCCGUGAACGACCGGCCAUUGGAGCAGUUUCGCAGGGUUAAUGAGGAGGAAGGGCAGUAUUACUACAGAGAAGGCACGCUAGAACAGGAGUCCGUCUGGAAUGCUAGCGCCGGUAUCAGCGCCAGCACCUCCUUCGUCUUAGCAUCUACCAGCAACGCCAUCGUCACUAAUACUAUGACAGGCAGUGCAAAUAAUGCAGCAGCUAUCGGUUGUUUGGUUGCCUUGAAGGACAUCAUCGUGUGAAUUUCUGUCACAACCAUUCUAAUUCAUCGAAAUGUCUUCCUUCUCCUGUUGAGUGAUCCAUCGACUCGAUCGGGCAUCAAGUUGAACAAAUUAAAUUUGAGCAAUUACAUUUUAAUGCUCCGCUUCUAUUUGUUCCUUUUUAAAUUUUAACUCAAACAAGGUCAUAUUAGCUCAUGUUUGAGAACUAAAAUGCCCAUUUAUAUUUAUUUU